CCCUCCCUCCCUCCCUCCCUCCUUCCCUCGGUGGGAGCAGCAGGCAGCGUGCGGUGUGGGCUCCUGUGCAAAGCCAGGCUAAGGCAACCCAGAUGCCGGGCUGCUGUUGCUGCUGCCCCUGACAGAGAGAGAGAGAGAGAGGGAGCCUGAGGAGGAGGAGGAGGAGGAGGGCCCCUGGGGGGCCAUGAAGAACAUGCAGCUGCUCCCGGAGGACGAGGAGGAGGGGGCCAGGGAGGCUGCCCGCUGGAAGCGCCUCUGCCUCCAGGAGCUGAGGGGCCUCAAGAAGCUCCGCAGGAACCAGAAGAAGAAGGAGGAGGAGGAGGAGGAGAAGGAGAAGAGGAGGAGGAGGAGGAGGAAGAGGGCAGCCCCCAGGAGGGAAGACCCUCAGCAGCAGCGGCAGCAGCAGGAGGAGGCUCUGGACCUCCGGAGCAGCCAGGCUUUCCCUGGCCCCAGGGACCCCCGCCUGCCCCCCCAGGCUCCAGGGGCCCCCUCCCCUCCUCUGGGGCUCUUCCCUCCUGGCUCUUCUUCCUCGGCCCCGCUGCCCCACGCUGCCCUCUACAGGAGUCGCCCCGAGGCCCCGCUCUCUCCCGGCAGCGGCAGCGGCAGCAGCAGCAGCAGCAGGCGCCCCCCUCCUCCUCCUCCUCCUGCUCCUCCCGGGUCAGAGCCCUCCCCGGGGCCCCCCUCGGAGAUGAAGGCCCUCCAGCAGACCAGGAGGCUCCUGGCCAACGCCCGAGAGAGGACCCGCGUCCACACCAUCAGCGCCGCCUUCGAAGCCCUCCGCAAACAGGUUCCCUGCUAUUCCUAUGGACAGAAGUUAUCCAAACUGGCCAUCCUGAGGAUAGCAUGUAACUAUAUCCUCUCCUUGGCUAGACUAGCAGACCUGGAUUACAGUGCUGACCACAGUAACAUGAGCUUCUCAGAAUGCGUGGAGCAGUGCACUAGGACCUUGCAAGCUGAAGGAAGGUCUAAAAAAAGGAAGGAGUGAUCACCAAACAGAGUGGAUCCAGUGGCAGUCCUGUUCUAUCCCAAUUUGUCAACGUUUGUACAGCUGGAGAGUAAACAGUUUUUGGAAGACAUCUGCCUAUACAAUGGAAGCUGGCAAUUGGAACUUCAGGAUUGUGAGGAACCCUUCUGAGGAGAUGAAGAUUUUCUUCUUAUGCUUUCUUUUUAAGCCAGUCACACUUUAGUAUGUGCAAUGUAUUGAGCACUUUCCCCCCUUUGCUUCCAUAGGAAAUACAGUAUUACACUGAGCUCAUAGUAUACUGCAGUGUCAUUAUUAAUGCCAAAGAUCUGUUGGAAGUUCCUAUUCAUCUGCCCCAGCCCAAAGUUUAUGAUGUGUAAGUCUUCUGCGUGCAUCGGAAGCCAGCAACACAAUUCAGAUGUUCAUCGAAAUUGGGGGGUUACUGGUUACUUUCAUUAGAAUGCUAUUUAAAAGGUGAAUGAAGAUGCACAUCCCAUUGAAGUUUAAUGCAGGGCAGAUAUGAGACUGCAUACACAAUGGAUUUAUACUUGUGUUUCCUUAACGCCGAAUCUUGCUAUGGACUGGAAAACACACUUUUCUCAUUUUUGCCUUAAAUGUCACCACCCUGGAGUAGGAGAUCCCAUCCACCAUCUGUUCUGAAAUAAUGUGGCUAUUUGCCACAAAUAAAAUAUGACAAACCUUUCUGUAUGCCAUGGCUAUGGAAUUACCUGAAGCACUGAGACCAGAAUUUGGCACUAAGAUGCAGCCAAGAUAUAGAAGCAUUUGUUCUACAACUGCCAUUUUUCUCCCUGUUUUACCUUCAACAAUUUUGUUGUUCAGAAUAUUUGGCAAGAAACGGAUGUCUUGUUUUCCACUCAUAUGCACAGGGGGUAAAAAAUAGUGACAAGUGAGGAAUGCUACAGAAUGAACUUUUUUACGUUUUUUAAAACUAUUUAAUCCAAUAGAUGUGUUUGUAUGUGUGUAACUCAAAUGAAAGGAAGAGAAUAGCCAAUGCAUAAAGUAGCAGAACUAUUCCAAAACUAUUUGUAAAGUUAUCUUUUGGAAUUUAAGUAUGUUACAAACCCAUGUAAUGCAAAGGCAUUUGAAUUCUAUGUUGUAUCUUUCACUUCAAAUUGAAGUUUUAAAAAAGAAGUAUGGAGAAACUCACUUGGAGUAAGCAGGCUUUAUAAAUAACGCAUGUCAUAUGUAAGACAUCUGCUAGUAAUGAAGUAUCUAAUUUUGUAUUACAGUAAAGUAAUAUGGGCUUUUGAAGAAAAGAGAUUUCCAUAUCUCAGUCAAAUGGCAAGUAUACAGUACAUUUGCAGUACAUUGCAGUUAAAUUUGGCUUUCUGUUACGUGAGUAUAAAUUGGAUAUAUUCAUGCUUGAUUUACAUAACUGUAAUGCAUUUGAACAUUCAUUCUUUUGUGCCUAACUGACCGAAAGACAUCAGAAAUCUGUAAUGCUUAUCGUAUGUACUAGAACCGAGUUGUAACCAUAUACAGAGCUUGGAAGGUUACCUUAAAAAGUAGUUACAGUUAGAGAGCUAAAUCUAAACAUUUCUUCUGACAGUUUCAAUUGUCCUCCACUCCCCUGGCACUGCCUAUAACUGAUUCUGGAGUUUUCCAGGCCUUCAGAGUUGGAUUUAGAGUGUGCAGCAGUUGUAAUGGGGAGGGAGUAAUCACCCCUCACAGUUUCAUAAGUUCCCACCAUUCCACCAUUAGAUAUUACCUAUAAUUUUCAAGUUUCCCAGCAUCUAAUUGGUUACCUUUAUUGGUAGACUUUUAAAGUUACUUUUCUUCCCCCCCCCCCCCCACACACACACACAAUUGCAUCUUGCAGUACAAAACCUAUUCUCUCUGCCUUGUUUUGCCUCAACAUGUGCAACAAUGCAUGAAGCAGCAAUAUGAGUCACCAUAAGAACCAUUGAAUGAGGUACAGUUCAUUACCAGAGAAGGCAACUAAAGUAACUUACUUUUAUACUGCAAAAGGUUAUCCCUCAUUAAGUUAUACAAUCACCCCUCCAAGUCCACCGACUUGAAAUCCAUGGACUUGAAAAUCCGUGGAGGGGCAACUGCCAUUAACCUUAAUGGGAGGCGUGCCUGCGGCACACACCCUGCAUGCAUGCGCCCCAUUCAAGCCCGUGGAGUUUGAAUAUGCACGAGAUUUGGAACUCAUGGGGAGGGGGGUCCAGAAUGGAUCCGCCGCAAGUUCCAAGAGGCAACUGUAAUUAUUAUGUAAUAUCACUGAACCUUCAUUAAUGAGAGAAAGGAGCUAAUUACAAGUGACCAGUUACUUUGAAGUUCCGACCAUAUCAUUCUAAACUAAGUAAAAGCCUAGGGAAUUCUGGACUCUUCAGUUACCAUUCCCCCACUUUUGCUGCACUGAAGGACUCCCUUGUGGCUUCAUUUAUCUCUUUAACAUGGGGAAAGUAGGUUAAUAACACAGCAUACAGUCGGCCCUUCUUAUACACAGAUUUUUUUAUACACGGAUUCAAGCAUCCACUGUUUGAAAAUGUUCAAAAAAAGUAUAACUUUCCAAUAUCAAACCUGGAUUUUCCAAUUUUUAUAAGGGACACCAUUUUGCUCUGCCAUUAUAUUUAAUGGGACUUGAGCAUCUUUUUUGUUAUCCACGGGGAAUCUUGGAACCAAACCCCAGCGUAUAACAAGGGUUCACUGUAGUGUAUUCUAGAACAGGUCAAGGCUGAGCUCUCCCUGGAAGCCAAGAUAACUAAAUUGAGGUUGCCAUACUUUGAUCACAUCAUGAGAAGAGAUAAAUCAUUAAAAAGAUAAAAAUGCUAAAAAGGGUAGAGGGCGGUAGAAAGAGAGGAAGACCACAUGCCAGAUGGACAGACUCAAUGAAGGAGGCCACAGCCCUGAACCUGCAGGAUCUGAGCAAGGCAGAUGAGGACAGGGAGCUUGGAGAGGUUUCAUUCACAGAGUUGCCAUGAGUCCAGGCCAACUGGAGGUCACUUUACAACAGAGUGCCCUUCCUAAAGAACCUCCAACUAAUUUGGGGAGGGGUGGUUGAAGGUUCCCAUUCCUGAAAUGAACUAAAACUAACUUCACAUGAUGUUUUGGAGAUACUGCUUAAUGAUGGUCAGCCAUCCAGUGCCCAUCCCUUUUCCAAGCAUCUCUCACAAACUUUUCAGACAGGAUUUUUCAAAUGAAGGUGAAGAAUCCCUUGGCAUUCUGCGUAUAACAGCACCCUCUGGAGACAACCAUAAGAACAUGUGUGCCAUUUGCUUUCUAUGUAAGAAAGAAGGUUUCUCUUUGCAAAACAGAAAAUAUAAAAUGGAAAAGUGGUUAAAGAAAAUGUACUCAUACAAUAAUUGUAACAGAUAUUUUGUCACUGUGAACCGAAUAAAAAGCCUUAAAUUUGCAGGGUAUUAUAGGAAAAAGCA